CCCUCCUGCUGCCGAUGAGCCCUCGGAAGAUCCAAAAUUAUCCCAAAGGAGUGUGACGCGCCGGGAUGUUGCUAUGAGAGCUACUUUACGAACGAGCAGGCUCCACCCAUCGCUCUUGUUGCUGUGUUUCUGAGGGGAGGGUCGAAGAGGAAAACACAACUGCUGCCCAAUGGAUCGGAUGGGUUUCAUAUGCAUCUUUUUAAAGCCAAUAGACUACUUUGUGGAUCUGUUAACGCUCUUUAUCAACAACUGCUUAGUCACUAGAGCUGCUUUCGUUUUGUGCUCCAAGUGCUCGGAUACAGUUCCAGUGAGGGCUGCUCCUCCGGACAGGUGCGCACGGGUGCGCAGAGAGGAUGGGCAGGAGUGAGGCUGACAGCAGAGGCGCAAUGAACACCAGCGACUGCUCCGAGCUCGGUUGCCCGCGGGACGUGACAUGCAGCGGCAUCCGUGCGGGUGAGAAGUCCGCGGCGCUGGGAAGCCACCGUGCCUGCAGCGCGGACAAGAGGCAGAGAGACCCAGACAUGGAGGGUGCAGCGAGCCCGGCUCCAAAUGUCACAGAGCCGACUGAAGUAAAGAAACACCAGCACAAACACAACUUGAAACACCGCUACGAGGUGAUGGAGACUUUGGGGAAGGGCACCUACGGCAAAGUGAAGAAGGCAGUGGAGAGAGCAAGCCUGAAAACGGUGGCGAUUAAGUCAAUACGCAAGGAGCGUAUCACAGAUGAUCUGGACAGAAUUCACAUCCAGAGAGAGAUUGAGAUCACCUCCUCGCUCAGGCACGCCAACAUUAUACGCUUCCAUGAGGUGUUUGAGAGCCGGGAUAAGAUUGUGAUAGUGAUGGAGUUCGCCAGCAGGGGAGAGCUGUACGAUUACAUUCAGGAGAGAAGGAGACUGCCUGAAACAGAAGCCAGAGGCAUCUUCAGACAAAUCACAUCUGCUGUCCACUACUGCCACAAGAACGGCGUUGUGCAUCGAGACCUCAAGCUGGAGAACAUCCUUUUGGAUCAAGAUUUUAACGUAAAGCUGGCUGACUUUGGCCUUUCCAAUCACUUCCAGAGGGGCACUCUGCUGCAGACCUACUGUGGAAGUCCACUUUAUGCUGCCCCGGAGAUAGUGAACGGACUGCCCUACCAGGGGCCAGAGGUGGACUGCUGGGCGCUGGGGGUGCUGCUUUAUGCCCUGGUGUACAGCAGCAUGCCAUUCAAUGGGGCUAGCCACUGCACACUUACAGACCAAAUCAGCCAAGGUCGCUACAGCAGACCCAACCCCCCAUCAGACGCCUGCGCUCUUAUCGACUGGUUGUUGACAGUGCGUGUGGAUGAGAGGGCUACGAUAGAGGACGUUGCCAACCACUGGUGGGUGAACUGGGGUUUUGAAGAGAGUGUGUGUGACUGCCCUUCAUCCCCACACCAAGAAUGCCCCUCCCCCCUACUGGCACGCUACAUCGACUGGCAGAACCGUGUCGCCCUUACCAGCAACAUGAGCCUAUCCUCAGACUCUUCCUGUCCACCUCAACUCUCACCUCAUCCCUUUUACUUCAGCUUCCCUCUGACGAGUGAUCGAGGAGGAGGAGGAGGAAGGUUAUGCAGAAGAAUGUCAAGCCUGAGGAAGUCGCGCAAGGAGAAUACAAUUCCCCAGACUGCACUUGGAGCUUGUGAUGGUGUUAGCGAAACAGCUGCCUCCUCUGCUGCGAUUUCCUCCACUCCCACCAUUGAAAGAAAGAAGCCCAAAGGUAUUCUAAAACCCCAAAGAAGUUUUGACUCAGUCUUUCACAGCCCUCCUAAAGAAAUCUUCUCCUCCCAACCGUGUAGCACUGCUCCCCAGCCUUUUCGAUCACAUUCACUUCCCCGCACACAUGCUGAUGUCCUUUCCACCAGCCUGCCACCUCCCUCUACUUUCUGUCAGCCCUCAACCAAGAUGCCCAAGAAGGGGAUACUGAAGAACUUGUAUGGGGGGGAAUCAAGUUAUAGCUCAUCCUCACAAAGAAGGAUCUCUGGAGCAGAAGUUAAAGAUGGAGAAGGAGCAGGUGAUUUCUGCUACCACAACCAGCACACUGGGCUCCCAGCGGCAGAAGACAGCCCCACCAUGCGCACUGAAGCGGUAAGAAGAAGGAAGGGGAUUCUGAAACGCAACGGCAAGUUCUCUCGCAGUCUGGAUCUUCACGAUGACCAGCACCCGGCAUCCAUGAUAUUCCCUGAAGCUCUCCAGCAGCUUCUCCAGGACACAGGGGGUGCCCAGGGUCGCCGUAGCCGGCCCUCAAGUGUGGUGAGCGAGGAUAGCCUCUUCUCUUCCGAUUCCUUUGACCUCCUAGACCUCAGCGCUCAAUCACGUCGCAGGUUUUUCUCUCGUGCGACGCAGCAAAGCGCGUGCAGCUCUGAGGAGGACCUGGAGCAGAUGAGGGUUGAGUCACACAGAGUUAGUGGAGAAGGCUGCUAACAUAAGCCCAA